CAUGCCUUGGCGUACGGAGCCCAGGGCCCGCGAGAGCCUCUAGAGCCCCCCAUGCCUGCGGCGCGCCCGCCCAGAAGUCCGCCGCCAUGGGCCCGGGCCAGCCGCGCCCCGCCUCGGUCUCGGCGGCGCUGGCCCUGCUGCUGCGGCAGGUGGCCGGCGCCGGCGCGGACAUCAGCUACGGCGUGGUGCUCGUGUGGGCGCUGUCUCCUUCCGGCCUCCACGUCUACACCUGGCGCGGCGGCGGCCCGGCUCCCUUCGAGCUCGUGGAGGACCGGCUGGUGAAGCGGAAGCCGGGCCUCUCCUCGUUCGCCGCCCGCCCGGAGGCCGCGGGGAGCUCCCUGGACGAGCUGCUGGCAGUCGCCGAGGAGACAGUGCCGCCGGAGCGGCGUGCCUCCACGCCGGUCUUCCUCAUGGCCUCCGCGGGCCUGCGGCUGCUGGCCGAGGAGGCCCGCGGGCGCAUCCUGGAGAGCGUGCGCGACCGCCUCGCGGUGACGCCCUUCCUCUUCCGGCGGGAGGGGGCGGGAGCCGUAUUCAGCGCGGCAGGGACGAGAGCCUCUUCGGGUGGGUCACCGUGA